ACCUCCCUACUGAUGACGUCACACUCGACUUCAGUGAGCUGUCGUGCCGGAAGGAAAGAUGGCGGAUCAUGAGGAGCAGUUAUCUGACGAUGAGAAGGUGCGCAUAGCUGCUAAUUUUGUCAUCCAUGCUCCUCCUGGAGAGUUCAAUGAAGUUUUCAAUGAUGUUCGAUUACUCCUUAAUGAUGACAAUCUUCUCAGGGAAGGUGCUGCGCAUGCUUUUGCACAGUACAGUGUGGACCAGUUUACACCAGUAAAAGUUGAUGGAAAUGAUGAACAGGUCUUAAUUACAGAGCAUGGUGACAUUGGAAAUGGUAGAUUUCUGGAUCCCAAAAACAAAAUUUCUUUUAAAUUUGAUCAUUUGCGCAAAGAAGCCAGUGACCCACGGCCUCAUGAUGUAGAUAAUGCGAUUGAAUCCUGGAGGAGUGCUGUAGAUGGUGCUGUAAGAGCCUACGUUAAAGAGCACUAUCCUAACGGAGUCUGCACUGUUUAUGGGAAAACGAUUGAUGGGCAUCAGGCAAUCAUUGUAUGCAUUGAGUGUCAUCAGUUUCAACCAAAAAAUUUCUGGAAUGGACGCUGGAGGUCAGAAUGGAAAUUUAACAUCACUCCAGGAGCACCCACUCAAGUAGUGGGUAUAAUGAAGAUACAGGUUCAUUAUUAUGAAGACGGAAAUGUUCAACUUGUCAGCCAUAAAGAUGUACAGGAAUCCUUGUCUCUUUCUAAUGAAGCUCAGACUGCCAAGGAAUUCAUUAAGUUAUUGGAGACAUCGGAAAAUGAAUAUCAGACUGCAAUUAAUGAGAAUUACCAGACCAUGUCGGACACUACUUUUAAAGCCUUACGCCGACAGCUACCUGUAACUCGCACCAAGAUAGACUGGAAUAAAAUCCUGAGCUACAAGAUAGGAAAAGAGAUGCAAAAUGCUUAAACCAAGAUUUGCAUGACUGGAUUGCUGUAUUGUCCCAUGUAAAAAAGAAAAAAUAAAAGUAAUAAAAGGUUUGGUCUCACAUGUAAAGCAUUUAUUACACAUUAACAGCCUACCUUUAAUAAUCCAAUUUUAUACAGAUAUUUACUAAUUGAAACUCUCAUUGGGUGUUUUUAUUAUGUUGCUAACACAUUUCUACCGACGUGUUUUGUUUUCCAACUGUAUAUGAUGUUACUUUUUUUUUUUUUCCGGUUCAAAAUAAAACACCUUUUUUCAUAAUUAUUUUAUUUAGGUGGGGAGACCACACCUUUUAUCCCAAUAAGAUAUCCAGAUGAGAAAAUGAAAUUAUUUUACUUAAAACCCCAUAGUGUACUGUAGGGUUUAUUACAUUUUGGAAAAAAAAUAGGAGUAUUCUGAACUUUUUUUUUUCAUUUCUUUAAUGUAAAAGUUACUUGUGAUUGACUCAUUUUUAUGUCAUCCCUUCCAAGCCAUCCACUUGUCUGACUACACAUACUGUUUAUAUGUGUUUGUGCUCUCCAUACUAUAUGUACUCAAAGAGGAAAUAUGAUAACAGUUCCUAUUUUCUGCAAUAUACUGAACAGGUUAUCAUUUGUAAACAUGGCAUACAUUUGUAAGAAUAAAAGGUCAAGAGGAACGGUUCCAUUAAAAAGGUCUUUGAUCUGUAUCUUAAUUCAUUUAGCUAAAACCACACAAAACAUUGCUUAUUACAUGCUUGUUAACUGCUUAAGAUGUUUAUUACAUUUGCCAUUAAUCUCUUAUUUUUAUGAAACAGACAUGACUUAUACAAUUGUAAUAUAUUCCUGUAUUAAAAAUUUUGUCGGUCAACUUGGUGAUAUUUUUUUUUGGAAUGAACUGUAAUACAAUAUCAAUUAUGUUGCAUUAAAUGACAGAUUUUCUAUUUA